ACAACAAUCCAACUCAAUACCUUUCCUUCAAUCCAACUCUACAGCAAAAUUCUGGGCUUGACCCCUCAUAUAAAUACAAAAUUUCAAGAAAAAACCCUUCUCAAAAUAUAUCCCAUGAAUAAAAAAAAAAGACUGGCCCUAUUUCUUGUUUCUUACUUAAUUCUUUUGAGAAAAAAAUUCUAACUUUUUCUCAAAUUAACAACAAUGACUGAAGUACUCCAAUCAUCCCCUUCUCAUCACUUCCCUUCUCCUUCAAGCUCCACCUCUACACCAUGUGUUGUCAGCACCAAUGAUGUUGACGUCCCACACCAGCACCAACCACAGCACCGCCCUCAUAAUAGAACCCAUGAAAUAUUAGACCAAGAAGAAGAGAGCAAAGAGAGGGAGAGAGAAGGGGAUCAAGUGUCAAUCGUGGAACUUCUGGUGGCUGCUUUUAGGAGGUCUAUUGUUGGGUGUAGUGUUACUGCUAGUACUGGGAGCAAAGACCUUUGCAGAAUGGAGAUUGGGGUGCCAACUAAUGUUAGGCAUGUUGCUCAUGUUACUUUUGAUAGGUUUAAUGGGUUUCUUGGUUUGCCGGUUGAGUUUGAGCCUGAGGUUCCCAGGAGAGCCCCCAGUGCGAGUGCAACUGUUUUUGGGGUUUCAACAGAGUCCAUGCAGCUUUCAUAUGACUCUAGAGGGAAUAGCGUGCCUACAAUACUCUUGAUGAUGCAGAGACAGUUGUAUGCCCAAGGAGGUUUGCAGGCAGAAGGAAUUUUCAGAAUUACUGCAGGUAACAGCCAGGAGGAGUAUGUCAGGGACCAAUUAAACAAGGGAGUGAUUCCAGAGGGCAUUGAUGUGCACUGCUUAGCAGGCCUUAUAAAGGCAUGGUUUAGAGAACUUCCAACCGGUGUCCUGGACUCUCUGUCACCAGAGCAGGUAAUGCAGUGUCAGUCAGAAGAGGAGUGUGCUCAGCUUGCAAGGCUCCUUCCCCCUACAGAAGCUGCUUUACUUGACUGGGCAGUAAACCUGAUGGCUGAUGUUGCGCAAAUGGAACAUCUGAACAAGAUGAAUGCACGCAAUGUUGCUAUGGUGUUUGCACCAAACAUGACUCAAAUGUCUGAUCCUUUAACAGCUUUGAUGUACGCUGUUCAAGUGAUGAAUUUUCUCAAGAAUCUUAUAAUUAGGACACUUAGAGAAAGAGAAGAAUCUGUGAUAGAAUCAGCUCCAGCUUCCCGCCUUGAGCCUACUGAUGAAAAUGGGCACCAGAACGCUUCCCAGCCAUCUUGUGAGGAGGAUGAAGAUGCCACUGAGGAGAAUGAAUGGGAGAAGUCAUUUGUUGCUGGAGAGCCUGCUCUCGAGAGCCCUUCUCAACCUAUUCAAGAUGAUUCCAAUUCCGUGGAUGGAUCUGCUAGUUUCUUAAGUUCUAUUGAGAACAUUCCUGUAGGAAAGCGAUCUCUGGUUGAUAAUUGUCCUUGUGAAGUAGCAUCUCAAGUGAAUGCCUUUAAAAAUGAACACCAUAAGGGUGGCCUUACAUAUAAAACUGGAGGGGUCCAAGCAAAAAGUUGCAAGAGCCAAACUGGUCAAUCGAGUACUUCAUAUUUCAAAAGAGGGAAGGUGAAGGAGCAGCCAAUAGUUAGAGCUGCUGGGCCUAUAGAGAAGGGUAAGGGAACUGGCAUCGUAGGUCGCAUAAAUCCAAAGACAGAACUAUUCGAAGCUUGGCGCUGAAGGAUUUGAGUUCUGUACCAAGCUGCCAGCUUGUGCCAGACAAGCUGGCAUUGUUGUGUGUUUUCUUUUUUAUAUGUUUUGUAUGGUUUUCAGUGUGCUUUCGCGAGUGUUUCUGGGUGUUCAUUAACCUUUCGGUGCUUCAUGUUUAUAUUUCCUUAACCGGUUCUAACGUAGUCUUUUCAUAGUACAGCUUCUGAUCAAUUGAAGUAUCCCUAUUCUACGACAA